AUGAAGUGGGCUACUAUCACCACGGCUUUGUUGCCAUUGGCCUCGGCCAGCGGCUUUACUCGUCAGGAAUAUGCCUCGGGAGAGGUCAUGGAGCUGAUGAUGAGCGGCAAGGAGGCUGCAUGGGCCAAGCAACGUGCUGCUGGCAAGUUCGACAGCGCCAGGUGGAACGGCUUUGAGAAAAAGAGGACCGACAAGAGCGUUAUCAAGUGCAAGCUUGGUCGCGUUGAGGCUGUCAAGGACGACCCAGACCAGACGUACAGGUGCAACAACAUUGACUUGUACGACUUCAAGACGCACGCUGAGCUCGGUGAUCCCAUUGGAGACGGCUCUGGAUCCUGGGGAUGGACACACCGUGGCCGUGAGUUUAUUGCCAUCGGCCAAACCUACGGUGCCUCCUUCUCUGAGGUUACCAGGGAGGGCAAACUUGAGUACCUUGGUCGUCUUCCCGCCCAGAAUGACUCCGUCAUCUGGCGUGAGAUUAAAGUCCUCGGUGACUCUCUUAUUGUUGGAUCCGAGGGUAUCGGCCACCACGUCCAGAUCUUUGACCUGAAGAAGCUUCUUAAGCUUUCUCCUAAGAGCCCUUAUACUUUCGACAAGGUCAAGGAUGUUGCCCUUGUCGACAUCAACCAGGGUAUCAAGGGCCGUACCCACACUGUCGUUGCCAACGAGGAGAAGAACUACGCCGUUGCCUGCGGAGCCGGCGGUCGACCAGGCCGUAACGAUACCUGUGCUGGUGGCCCCAUGUUUAUCAACAUGGAUGAUCCAACUAAGCCCUAUGUUGAGGGAUGUUUCUCGUCUGACGGCUAUGUUCACGACGCCCAAUGUAUCGUUUACAGAGGUCCUGAUCGUCGUUAUUAUGGACGGGACAUUUGCUUCCUCUUCGCAGAAGAUACCCUUACAAUCAUUGAUGCGACCAACAAAAAGGGCUUUGGCACCGCCGGAAAGAUGAUUUCCCGUACUCCAUAUGUCGGUGCUUCAUACACCCAUCAAGGAUGGGUCAUCGAUCCCUACUGGCAAACACAUCUCGUCCUCGAUGAUGAAUUGGAUGAAGGCCAAAUUGACCCCAACCGUACUGCCGUGGACUCACCUGCGCGAGACGGAUUUGCGGUAACAUACCUGCUAGACAUCCAGAAUCUCGAGAAACCGUUCGUGAGUGGCUUGUAUAAAACAAGCGUUCGAUCGGUUGAUCACAACCAAUACGUGUACGAUGGCCUAUCUUAUCAAUCGAACUACCAAGCCGGCCUGAGGAUCCUUGACGUUUCAUCAAUUCCAAAGUAUCCAGAUGGUUCGAAGAUUAAAGAGAUUGCGUACUUUGAUGUGUAUCCUGGAGACGAUGCCAAGCCUGGAGGCGGCGAUGCGCUGUGGGAUGCCGGUACUUGGUCAGCAUAUACGUUUGAUUCUGGUUUUGUUGUUAUCAACACAAUCGACCGUGGCGUUUUCGUCGUAAAACAAGCUGACGUCAAGGGCCGUAAGAAGGGCAAAGGAAAAUUCUGGAAGGACUAA